UUUUAGUUUUAUGAUUUAAAAGUUUAAUAGUUGGAUUUAUGUUAUAGUCAGGGUUUAGGGCUAAGGUUUACAGUUUCAAAAUUUUGGAUUUGGAAGUUAAUUAUAACAUCUGUAUGUUUUUAUUUAAUGUAGUUUAAAGUUUAAGCCAUAAACUUGUGUAGUUUAGAGUUUGAGAUUUAUGAAAGAGUUUGAGGUCAAAAUUUAGAGUUUUGUGGCUAAUUUGUAGCUAAACACAGUUUUUCUAGUAGUGAAUGUUCAUAUAGUUAUAUAGAGAUGAGAUGACAAGAGAUAGAGUUGAUAAAAUUAAAUUAUUCAUCUACCCUAUUCUAUCUACUGAAGCAGAGUAAUAAAUAUCGUGGUUAAUAAGUACAUGGAUGUUUAUAGCUUCCAUCAUCUUCAAAUGCAUGUUUUCAUUGUAAAGUUUUUCCUUUCUGUUCAUCAGAUUUUCUACAGUUCUUGAAAACUUCUAGAUAAAAUUUGAAAUGGCCAGGAAACCGUAUCACCUCCGUCAUCAGCCACGUAAAUCUUCAUCGACGACGACGCAGGCUUUCACAGUUAUCAUUCUUACACUCUUCUUCAUCAUGAUUCUUCUAGGUCUCGGUAUCCUUUCACUACCCAGCACUAGCAGGUCCUCUUCAAGCCCGAUUGAUUUGACCACAAUUGUACGGGAUAGCGAGGAGAGGGAGAGUUAUGGAAACGAAGAUGGUAAUGGUGACGGUUGGGUUGAAGUUAUCUCGUGGGAGCCUAGAGCUUUCCUUUAUCACAAUUUCUUGACAAAUGAAGAAUGUGAGCACUUGAUUAGCCUUGCGAAACCUAGCAUGAAAAGGUCAAAGGUGGUCGAUGUGAAAAGUGGAGGGAGCAAAGACAGCAGAGUAAGAACAAGUUCAGGAACGUUUCUUAAAAGAGGGCAAGACGAACUCGUGGAAGAGAUUGAGAACAGGAUCUCAGAUUUCACCUUCAUUCCUGUAGAAAAUGGAGAAGGGCUACAGGUUCUCCAUUACGAAGUUGGGCAGAAAUAUGAGCCUCAUCAUGACUAUUUCUCAGACGAUUACAAUGUCAAAAGAGGAGGGAACCGAAUCGCUACUGUACUCAUGUAUCUCUCGGACGUUGAAGAAGGCGGCGAGACGGUUUUCCCUGCAGCUAAAGGAAACGUUAGUGAUGUCCCUUGGUGGAACGAGCUCUCACAAUGUGGUAAAGAAGGACUCUCUGUUUUACCAAAGAAGAGAGAUGCUUUACUCUUCUGGAGCGCUAGGCCUGACGCGACUUUAGACCCUUCGAGCUUGCAUGGUGGUUGUCCAGUGAUCAAAGGGAACAAGUGGUCAUCAACUAAAUGGUUUCACUUUAACGAGUACACGGCUUAAAUAAAAGAGAUGGCUUUUGAAGAGGCUUACAUGAUCAAAUCUAAUCAACAACAUAUACUAGCAUGUGUAUCAUCGUCGAUUUCAUCCUGAUACGUCUCUCAAAAGCUCUCAGCAAAAUGGCGUUCUAGCCUUUAAUCAAGUAAAAACUCAUGUAACUGAUGCUACCUUGUCAACUGUUUUCUUUCUAUUUCCUCGAUUGUCAACACUAUUAGUAAAGAAAAACUAACCUUAUAGUUUGAUACACAAUAAAUAAAUGUAUACCUUCUC